GGUAGAGCGGCGGCAGAGCGGCGGUAGAGAGGGGGGGGGAAAGAGCCAAGAACCAAAAGUCGGUGGUUGAAUAGAGGAGGAAAAAAAUAACCAUGCCUAAUCCGUGAAAGUUGCAGAUUCUGUAUCUCCACGCCGUGCAUCGUUGACCGUGCGGAGGCAGAGGCCGCUGAGGGUGAUACCUCAUUGGCUGGUGUGACCCCCGCAGGCCCGCCACCUCCCAGGGUGGGCCCCGAUUGGCUGGACCUCCACUAUUGGCUCUUGGGGAGAAAAUGGCUGCCAGCGCCGCCCCCCAGCUGAAGAGCUAAGCCCCGCUGUUUCCUCCUCCACCUCCCUAACAUCACUGUUCAUUGCUGUGUUGUGAACUGUGAUUCCCGCCAACUUAUUUGCUUUAGAGUACUAUGGCAAUGCAUGAUAUGAGUCGUGCCAAGGGUUUCCCCUGUAAAGAGUGUGAUAUGGUUUGCCCGAGUACUCCAAGUCUUCUAGAGCAUAUGAAAGCACAUUAUCAGCAAGAAGAGAACGGACGUUUUGAGUGUGAACAGUGUGGCCGAAUUUACAAGCACGCAGCUAGUCUAGCUAAUCAUAAAAAGUCUCACGAAGUAGGUUCAUUCCAGUGUCCUGUUUGUACACGCACCCUACCCAACGCGGUAGCUUUAAAGAACCACCUCCGUAUCCAUACAUUGUCCCCUAGUAGUGCACACACAGAAGAAGAGAGCGAAGAAGUACCCGAAGAAGCCGGCCACGACGAGAGGGACUACGGUCUCGCCCAAGACCUCUCGGACGGGUUUGGCCGCUCCCAUUUGAACAAUAGUGGUAUGGGACAUAGUGUCCUACAAAGCCACGAGACAGACGACCACGGAAAAAAAGGCUCCCCUGAGUCCGACGACGCUUGGGACAGACCGUUCAAGUGUGAUCAGUGUGACCGAACCUACCGGCACCACGGUAGCCUGGUGAACCACAAGAAGUGUCACCAGCAAGGAACUUUUAAGUGCUCUGUGUGUUUUAAACAAUUUAGCAACCUGGCUGCCUUAAACAGCCACGAGAGAACUCACUCGAAGUUCAAGACCCCCGGGGCAUCCAUGGUGAGCAGCAGCAGUAGCAGCAGCAGCCUCCACGACUCGGAGCGCAGCAGUGGCACACAGUCGUCCCAGAGCGACGACACGGCCUCUUGCUUCUGCCACCUCUGCCAGAUAGCGCUGCCGAAUAAGACAGACUUCCAGGAGCACAUCCUGCUGCACAACACGGCCUCACCCUCCCUUGGACUGCCGCGCAGUUUCCCAGGCAUCAUGCCUCACAAUCUGAGUGCGGUGCGAUCCCCAGCGUACACUCCUGCCCUGGGGGACCCUCUGCCCCUGCCACCCCUGCCAAGUGAGAAAAGAGGUCCCUAUGACCCCAUAAUGGGCCCUCCAGUCAACAAUCCCAUUUACACAUGUGCAUACUGUGGCGCGGGUCACCCAGAUCUGGAUACCUUGAAAGUCCACUAUCUGACCCAUGACCCCCACCCUGCCUCCCAUGGCCAGGACAGCUCCAUCCUCAACUCAGACACACUAAGCUCUGGAUCACAGGGCUCUGUGUCUUCUCCCUCUGGUGGCCGCGUGCCUCAGGCCAAUUCUCCAGAUGACGGAGAGCGUCGCUUUAAGUGCGGGGAGUGCGGCAAAAGUUACAGGCAUGCAGGGAGUCUGGUGAACCACAAACGCUGCCAUCAGACUGGCCACUACCAGUGCACCAUCUGUUGUAAGCAGUACCCUCACCUGGCAGCGUUACACAGCCACCUACGAAGCCACAAAGGGCGUCCCUCCAACCAGCCCAUCGGUAACGACAGCAACGACUGGCUAUCUCCAGAGCCGCUAACUCUGGACUCCCAGCAGAGCUACGUCCAGGAAGGCAGUGGUGCCACCACUCCAAUCUCACUGCCAGGAAAUCUUGGAGACGCUGCCCACUUUGUACCGGAUGGUGGCCACAGCAGUGGGUUGGACUCUCUCGAGUUCCACGAUCGCUUUGACGGCAGCUCACUUUCUCAGAGCAACUCUGCUCACCGUCAGGCCGACAGACACGUGUGUGCAGACUGCGGUGAGAUGUAUGGAGAUGUAUCUGGCAUCAAGUCACACAUGUGUCCCCGCCGUGGCCAGCAGCAACAGCAGCCACAACAGCCGCAGGGCAACAUGUCCAACGGUUUUAUGGGGAACAUGAACUACCACAGCUCCAGUGGGACCUCGCUGCCAGCUGGAAGCUCCAGCAGCCUCAAAGUAGGCAGCAGCCAACGGCAAUACUCCCAGAGCGGAGGCAAGAGAAUGGGCAGCAAUGACAAAGAUGACGAGGAUGAUGGAGAAGUGUAUCAGUGCUCGGUGUGCGGCAAUCACUACGCCAGCCUCAGAGCUCUCAGGAGCCACUUGCGUAGCCAUGCCAAUAACCCAACAGGGCCAGGACCUUCCAGUCUGGAGCACGAGUGGAGGAUGAUCUGCUCCACCUGUGGCCAGAGCUUCUCUAGGAAACAGGACCUCCUGAAUCACCAGUUAGUCCAUGGCCCCCAAAGGCCAGACGGCCAGCAACAGGGUAUUGGCGCAACUUCAGCUAAUGGCAAUGACAAGAUGGAUGGACGCAACCACAUUUGUGUCGAUUGUGGCAUGUUUUUUGCUGACCGCCACCACCUGAUCACCCACCUGUGCCCCGGUAAGAAUCGGGCUGGCUCACUGAGCAAGCAGGGUCUGAAUGGAGCCAAAGGGAUGUCUGGAGGAGAUGGCGUCGGUGGUGGGGUCGCCGGAGGAAGCCGUGACGUAGGUGGCGAUGGACGUAGACCUAUUGUUGACCAAAGUGACAAGCCCCACAAGUGUGAUCAAUGUGGACGAGGAUACAGGCACCCCUGCUCACUUCUCAACCACAAGAAGUCCCAUAAGACUGGUGUUUUCCGCUGCUUGGUGUGCCAGAAACGCUACUACAAUCUGCUGGCUCUCAAGAAUCACCAAAGGACCCACUUUGAUCUAAAGAGGCACAAGUGUGAAGAAUGUGGCAAGGCCUUCAAGAUCCAAAAGCAGCUGAUCAACCACCUCCGCCUCCACGAGGAGCACCGGGCCAAAGGUCUUGUUCGGACCGGCCCUAACGGUUCCCGCUUCCAGCAACCUGGCCCAUCUCAAAUGCAAACUAUGCAGAGAGGAGAGUCAUCAAAGGGAAUGGGCGUGAAAUACAGCCAUCAAGGGUUCAAAAAGCCCUACUCUUCAGCUGGAACAUCCAGGCCCCAGAAGUUUGACCCAGCUGAAACUGGACGGCGGCCCUUUUCCUGUGAAGAAUGUGGAAAGACAUACCGCCAUGCAGGCAGCCUGGCCAAUCACAAGAACCUUCACAAAAUUGGGGAGUACCACUGCAAUGUUUGCAACUCUACAUACCCCAACAGGCUGGCAAUGAAAAACCACCUGCGUCUCCACUUUGCCCAGAAGAAGCACAACUGCCAAGAGUGCGGCAAGGGCUUCCGCACCCAGAGGCAGCUAGCGACCCACACUACAGCUGGCCUGUGCAAAGGCCCGCAGGGUCCCGGGGCCCAAAUGGAUUUUGAGUGCGAUGGCUGCUGUGAAGGCUUUGCCACGGCUGACGAGCUCGCAGCCCAUGACUGCCCAGCCCAGCACCUGCCUUCAUCCUCCUCCACCAACAGCUCCACCAACAUCAGCAUGGAGAGAAGCUCUGUGGACCUGGACUCUGACGAGAGACCCUACGCCUGUGACCUCUGCAGCUGCGCCUACAAACAUGCAAGCUCCUUGUUGAACCACAAGCACACUCACAAGACGGGAAACUUCCGGUGCAACUUCUGCGACAAACCCUACACCAACUACAUGGCGUUACGCAACCACAUGCGCAUCCACACGCAGCGGAAGAAGCACAUCUGCCACACGUGUGGGAAAGCCUUCCGGCUGGCCAGGUUCCUCCGCAACCACCAGAAGGUCCAUGAGGAGGGUGCUACCCCGUUCGGCUGCCCCACCUGUGGGAAGAGUUUCCAGGGAAGGUCCGGUCUGGCCAGGCACCGCUGCGGGGACAACCAGGUAGGCAUGGAAGUCAGGAGGAAGGCCACUGCACCCACGGGAGAGGGCGAAGAGUGUCGGUACACAUGUGAUCAGUGUGGCCGCUCCUACCGCCAUGCCAGCUCCCUCCUUAACCACAAGAACACCCACACUGUCGGCAUCUACCACUGCGCCGUGUGCCUCAAGACCUACUCCAACCUGCUUGCCCUGAAGAACCACCGCCGUAUCCACUCCGAGACACGGCGCCACCGUUGCCACGACUGCGGCAAGGCCUUCCGUGUUUCCUCCCAGCUCUACAACCACAGACGCGUCCACCAGAAGCAGCGGGAGCUGACCUGCCGGUCUUGCCAACGAGCCUUUCCUACGCAUGCCAGCUUCAGGCUCCACAUGGAGAUCACCCACGGCCAGGCUCCGCAGCCCCGCCAGCCCAGACCCCAGCAGCCUCGACCGGGGGGCUCCCAGGAGCUGGGCUGGGGGUCAGGCUUGGACCUCACUUUGAUGCAAGAGCAAGGACUCGACCCCGGCAGCAUGACCAAAGCCCGCAGCCGUGGGGGCAACAGUGAGGUCAUAAAGUCCCAUGUCUGCGACCAGUGUGGUCGGUCUUAUCGGCACGCCAGCUCCCUGCUCAACCACAAGAACAGCCACAAGACCGGGACCUACUUCUGCAACUCCUGCCAGAAGGAGUUCCCCAACCUGAUGUCCCUCAAGAACCACAGACGGAUCCACACCGAGCCCAAACGCUACCAGUGCCCCGACUGCGGCAAGUCCUUCCGGGUGUCCACACAGCUCAUCUGCCACCGCCGCAUCCACACCAAGGAGAAGCCGUUCUCCUGCCAGCAGUGCGACAAACGCUUCUCGUCCAAGUCCAACCUGAGGCACCACAUGAAGGUGCACUGGAGCAGCUCGACGGCGCCCCCUCCCAUGGCCAUGGGUGCGCCCAACUUCCUGGAUCUGAGUCCAGUGGGUUCGUCCAGCAGCUCCAGGACCUUCGUCUGCGGUCAGUGUGGUCGCUCUUACCGCCACGCCAGCUCCCUGCUCAACCACAAGAACAGCCACAAGACCGGGACCUACUUCUGCAACUCCUGCCAGAAGGAGUUCCCCAACCUGAUGUCCCUGAAGAACCACCGGCGGAUCCACACCGAGCCCAAACGCUACCGCUGCCCCGACUGCGGCAAGUCCUUCCGGGUGUCGACGGCGCUCGUCUGCCACCGCCGCAUCCACACCAAGGAGAAGCCGUUCUCCUGCCAGCAGUGCGACAAACGCUUCUCAUUGCGAUCCAACCUGAGGCACCACAUGAAGGUGCACUGGAGGGGUGUGCCACUGUCUCGAGGGACGUCAUCCGCCUUCCUCACUGUUGCCUCCAGAUCUUUAAUCUGACAGUCAGCCUGAAAUAUCUGAACUCUACUCAUAUUUAAAGCUCCUCUUCGUUCUCUGAGUUUAAAUGUUUAAUCUGACAGCUAAAGAGCCUCUUUACUGAUACAGGUCAUUUCCUGUUUCCUGUGAACUCUUUUAUAGCUCACAGACCUUCAUAUUCCCAUUGACAGUGAAUGGGUGACUGCUUUUGCCCCGUUGGACUCGUUGGUAUCGGUCUGUAGGUUUAAAGACUUCUGGCUCCUCUGCAGAGGUGCAUUAUGGGUAUUCUUUCCACGACCUCUUCCUCCAGCCUCAAGUAAUCGUUGUUUGUACAUUAGAGACUUUUACAUCGAUGACAAGCUGCAGGACGGACGCAGUACACUGUAGAAAACAGUAACUUGUAAUUUCAAGGCAACUGUCUUUAUUACAUUUUUGAGUUUUAAGUCAAACUCUUAUGUUUUUAAAUAAACUAAUAAUAAUUAACACUAAUUUACUUUUCUAAUUUAAAACUUGAUUCUUUGACUUUUUUAAAAAUAGAGUAAAAGACAGUAAAUUUUCAAUUGCAAAUAUUUAAUAAAACAAACAAUGACAAAUCAACUAAAGAUUACAGGUCAGAGCAAAAUGCCUUUUUAGUUUAAUUCAAAACUUAAAAUUUUAAAGUUAAAAGUGUAGUGAAAACAGUUCAUUUGAAAUUAUGAGUUUUCCUAACAGUUUUUUUACAGUGUAGGUUUAUUUCAUUUAUAUGAAACUGUGAUUACGAGACAGAAACUGGAGUUUGAGGUGUAAACGAUGUGUUCAGGAGGAUCGUACGUUUCAGUGCUGCGACUGAUGACCUCCACGAUGUGUUCAGGUUCAGACUCAGUGUUCAGUGAAACCUAAACCCUCAAACAAACUGUGAAGUGGAAGAACAAACUGAAGACGAAGAGACCUGGACGACAUCAACGUGGACGAAAAACGAGGAGAUUGUGUGUGUGUUUUUGUGUUUUCUUUUGUUGAUCUUCAGACUCGAAUGAGAGAAAACAGAGAAAAUGUGUUUUUGUGGGUUCAGAUGCCUUCGGGGCAGCCAAAAAAACCCUGUAAACACGAGCUGCACUGAUGGGAAUCAUACCUGUGGAGGUUAGAGCGUGUAUCAGGUGGACAGACGCCGCAGUGGACAACGUCAUUGGGAGCUUUAGUUUCACAUAGUCGGACGACGUGGACCUUCAUCAUCAUCAUCAUCAUCAUCAUCAUCAUCAUCAUCAUCACCUGGUCGCAGCCAAUCAGCACUCUCCUCUUCAGGCAGCCUAUGGAAGCCCAUUCAUGCCCUGUGAAGAAAAACUACCGUAUUAGAUUUUAUAAUUUUACAUUUUAGAAUCUCAUAAUUAUAAAAAAUAAUUCAGGCUCAGUAAUUUGUAAUUGUAUUAAUUAAAUAGUUCACAUUUGCUUAGUUUUUAGUUUAAAUGUUUGUAGAGAACAAACUGCCUCCUGAAUGAGUUUCAAUGUGAUAUACUGUUAUAAUUAUAUUUUCUCAUAAAUAUGAAGGUUGUAACACACCUUCUCAUAAUGAGAACCUUUAAUAAUUAUGAUUGAUGAUCACAUUAUUAUUAUUAUUAUUGAUCAUCUCUGAGAAACUAACUUUGUUUCUUUUAUCUCUGUUUUUAAACUCAUAUAUAUGAGUUAAUAUGUAAUAAUUAGGAAAAAUGCUAUCAUAAUUAUGUUAUUAUUAUAAUAAGAUACAAUCUCAUAACUUCGAUUUAAACUCAUAAUUUGGUGAAACUAAUUAUACUAGUACUACUAGUAAUUAAUGAGAUAACAUUUCAUAAUCAAUACAACUAUGAGGAAGUUUCUCCAAAUUAUUAUUAUAAGAAAAAACACUGAAUGAUAAAACGUUGAUAUUGGUAUAAAAGUGCUUCCGUAACAAACUGGAUGGAUUUGGACGUGAGCUCGGACCGGAUUCAUGGGGGAUUUCUGUCGAGGACAAAGCUGCUGUUGGGAGCCGUGUAGUUUUUGUCCCUGAAGAAACUCACCGAGAACAGACGUCAAUGAUUCCUCGUCCUCCUCCUCCUCUUCCGUCCUCCUCCUCCUCUUCACCUCCUAUCUGAGUGUUCACUUUGUUUUUGGGGCACCUGUACUUUGUGACUCUGUGCCUGAUAACUCACAUAUACCGUUAGUCGAAGGGUUGUGGUUCAAACUAAAGAGAAGUAGAAUUUAUAAAAGUAACGAUGUGAUGACGCCCGUGUGUCGCUCACAAUCUGCAGCACAAAGGAAGUGAAACCGAAAUCUGACCUGGUUCAACAGCUGCAGUCAUUGUGGCGGCCAUUUUGUGUCCCUUUCUCAAACCUUCAUUCCUACAGAGAAAUCCGAGACACUUUCCUGAAUUUAUCAGUUAAUGUAUCCAAAUUGUGAGAUCUGUAUCUGAUUUCAUGAUCACAAGAUGUGCAUCUGGUAAUUAGGAGAUUGUUUUGUUGUAAUUAUUUUUUUUCAUAAUUAUGAGAUUCUGCAAUUAUGAGAAAACAUUAAGUACAAGAUAAAAACAUUUUCAUAAUCACCCAGUUACACAGAGCUCGUAACUCUAAAAAUAUUUUCUGCUAAUUAUCAGAUACAGAUCUCUUAUAUAAUCUUAUAUAUAUGUGAACAUGAUGACGAUCUCUCAUAAUUUCCUGAAAAUGUAUCUAAAUUAUCUAAAAAGAAAUAUGAAUCUGGUGAAUAUGAGAAUGUUUUUUUCUUUUUUCUUUCUUCUUUCAUUAAUUAUGAAAAUAUCUUCUACUAAUUAUCAGAUACAGAUCUGAUAUUUGUGAGAUCUGGAUCUUGUAAUUAGGAGAAAUCUCAUAAUUAUUUUCCUAAUGAUAAUAUGAGAAGGAGAUAAUUUAUAAUCAUAAUUAUGAAAAAAAAACCAAUAUCUCACAAAAACUUUUGUUAGUAAUUUCUUAGUACAGUAAUUAUGAGAUAUUAAGUCACAAUUUAAAGACAUUUUAAUAGUUGUUGCACUGUGACUUAUCUUCUGACACGUAAUGAAGUAAAAUGUUAUUCAGCCUUCAGAGUUUUAUUUAAUCACAGAACAUACGACAUUUGUUUCAGAUGGUCAGAAUAAUCCGGUUUAUUUCAGUUGGGGAUGCAAAAUGGCAUCGUAGGGAAUCGACCUGUAGAAACGUAGCCGUAGACUGUUGGUGCUGUUCGGUUAGAUGAUGUGUCGUUAUUGUACCUCUGUAUCCUAACCUCUGUAUGAGCUUUUAUAUACAAACCAAUAUCUGUAGAUGACCUUGAUUUGUUAAUGAGCGAGCAGCAUCACUUCCAUUCAAACUGUAACAGAUUGAUUUUUAUUUUUUCUUCUUGGUGGUUUUUAAUAAAACAGAACAUUUCUGCAAAUUUGAUUCAAAAACACAAAAUGUGGAUUCAUCCGCCACUGAAAAUAGUCCCUGACAAAUUCUCUUUCUCAAACAUAAAACUACAUAUUUGUGUUUUUAAUAAUUGAACAAAGACAGAAACAUCUGAUAAAUCAUGUCGUCUUUUUUCUUACAAAACCGGAUGAUCUGAUUUCCUAAUCACUCGUUCAAUAACUUCGCAAUACUUCACCUCCACUUCCGUCAUUGUGGACCUUGUGAUCAACACCUUUAAAGUUAUAUACACAAUAUAUGGUGUAUAUACCACUGACAUAUAGUGGAUCCUUUAACAUACAGCAAAAACAUAAUUUUUAUAGUAAUAAUAAUAAUAAUACAAUCAAUACUCACCACCAAGAAUAAAAAAUGUGUGUUUCGUUACAGUUUCACUCAAACGAACAGAAAGUGUGUGAGAGCUGCUGUGAUGGUUUCUGUGUUCUGUGUUUUUAUAAAUAAAUCCUGUUUCUACACGUCACAGAGUUCACAGAAACAUAUUAGUGCUCUUAUUUUGGUAGGUUCUUCAUCGUUUCCAGUGGUCAGUUUUAAUUUGGAAAGACAUUAAAAAAAUGAAACUUU